AUGGGGUUGGAGACGCCACAAGAGCUGGAGCACGCGGGAAGUAGGGAAGCGUCAGGGCACCCCGCAUUAGGCGCGGGACCGAGCGCGAACCAGUCAGGGGGAGAGGCGCCGCACCCGGCGAAUGCGGAGGCGAAAGCGGAGAUGGACGCGGAUGAAGCAGCGCGGGAGAAGCAGCGGAGAAAGCAGAGCUCGACGGGGCAGGUGAUGGAGGUGCCGCCCAUGGACGAGUACUUGUGCCCCAUCUCGGGCGACGUUAUGGAGGAGCCCGUUACGAUCGCGUCGGGACACACCUUCGACCUCAAGUCCAUUCAAAGGUUCUUCGACGAGGGCAACAAGCACUGCCCCGUAACGCAGGAGGCGCUGGAUAACCUCGAGAUGACGCGCAACGAGGACAUGGCGCGAUCCAUCGACGAGUGGCGCGCGCGCAACACGGUGAUGCGCAUCCAGGCGGCGCGGCCGAAGCUGCAGUCCGCCAAGGAGGAGGAGGUGGAGGGCGGGCUGCUGGAGCUGUUUCAGCUGUGCGAGGAGCGCGCCACGAACCGGUAUUGGGUGGCGGCGGAGGGGCUCAUCCCCGUCGUCGUCAACCUCCUCAAGUCCACCUCUCGCAACCUCCGCCGGAAAACGCUCGCCACGCUCGCCAACCUCGCCAACGGGAAUGACGAGAACAAGGUGCGGGGGAUUGUGGUGGGCUCCUCCAACGCAAAACCUAUCCCUUCCCACAUCCCCCGCACGACCUUGCCACUCGCUACCCACUCCGUUUCCCUCCCCCCAUUUCCCCCCUUUCCCUCCCACGCGUCCCCACCACUCCCCCCCACGCAUCCCUCUACAUCCCUCCGCGCGUCCGCUGCGCAGGAGCUGGUGGUGGAUGCAGGCGCCAUUCAGCUCGCCGUGCGCUCGCUGUCGCGUGACGUGGGCGAGAGCCGGCAGGCCGUGGCGCUGCUGCUGGAGCUGUCCAAGAGCCCCAAGGUGUGCGAGGAGAUAGGGCGCGCGCAGGGCUCCAUCCUGCUGCUCGUCACCAUGCUCAACAACGAGAACGCCAACGCCGCCAAGGACGCCGCCGCCGUGCUGCAGCAGCUGGCCAGCAACGACCAGAACGUCGUGCAGAUGGCCGAGGCCAACCACUUCAAGCCACUCGCUGACCGCCUCACCACAGGAUCGGACAUGACGCGGAUCGUGAUGGCGAGCGCACUAUCGCGCAUGUCCUUGACGGACCAGAGCAAGGCAGUGCUGGUGCAGCAGGGCGCCAUCCCGCCGCUCGUCACCAUGAUCGCCGCGGGCAAGCUCGAGGCCAAGGCAGCGGCCCUGGGCGCGCUGCAGAACCUCUCGUCGCUGGCGGCCAACCGCAACGAGCUCAUCCGCGCGGGCGUGGUGCCGCCGCUGCUGACGCUGCUCUUCUCCGUGACGUCCGUGGUGAUGAGCCUCAAGGAGGGCGCCGCCGCCAUCCUCGCCAACAUCUCCCUGGCGGCGGGCGCGCAGGCGGAGACGAGGAUCGACGGCAACGGGGCGAUUCUGGAGUCGGAGGAGACCAUCUUCCAGCUGCUCUCGCUCAUGAACCUCGCUGGCCCCAACAUCCAGGUGAAUCUACUGAAGGCGCUGCUGGGCAUGGCGUCGGUACCGCAGGCCAUGGAAGUGCGCAACCGCAUGAUAGUGGGCGGAGCAGUCGACGUCCUCAUCCCCUUCAUUGACGGCUCUGAAGGGGGGCCAGCGACGCGGCCGUUGGCAGCGAGGGUGUUGAGGGAGCUGUCAAAGGAGGCGGAGGCGGGCAGGAGUGUGGCGGGCAGCCUCAUGGAGAACCAGGCGGCGGCGCUCAAGGCCAUCAUCGCCAUGCUGCACGACAAGGACUCGUUUGAUAACCGCGCUGCUGCUGCCGGCCUCAUCGCUGCGCUGCCACCCACUGACACCAAGCUCAACCAAGCUCUCGUGCAGGCGGAUGUGGUGCAGACGCUGGUGACGAUGCUGGGCAUGAAGGGGGGCGGCGUGGGCACCAACGCGCAGCUCAAGGACGCGGCGCUGGAGGGCGCUGCUAAUGCCCUUGUGCGCUUCACUCUCCCCUCCAACAUCAAGCAGCAGCAGCAGCUGGCGGAGCUAGGAGCCAUCCCGCAGCUGGUAACCCUGCUGGUGACGGGCAACGCGGGGGCGAAGAGGGGAGCAGCGCUGUGCCUGGGCAACUUCUCCGAGUCCAGCCCCACGCUCUCCGUCUCUGUCAAGGCCAAGUCAGGCGGGUGCUGCUUCAAGGCGCCCGAGGAGCCCAAGUGUGUGGUGCACGGGGGCACGUGCUCCGUGCGCGCGUCCUUCUGCCUGCUGGAGGCGGAGGCCAUCGACCCGCUCGUGGGCGCCAUGGGCGAGAAGGACCCUCUCACGGCCGAGGCCGCUCUCACCGCGCUGUCGACGCUCAUGGCGGACUCGUGCCGGUGGGAGGCCAGCGUCAAGAUCAUCCAUGAGUCCGGCGGGUUUGGGCGGGUGGUGCAGCAGCUGAGCGAGGGCACGGAGAGGGCGAAGGAGAAGGGGGUGUGGAUGUUGGAGAAGCUGUUUCGCCUCGAGGAGUACAAGUUUGAGUACGCCACCAAGGCACAGGGCGCGCUCAUUGAGAUGACCCAACACGGGUCCAACGAGACCAAGCCCGUGGCUGCUAAGAUCUUGAGCCAUCUCGAGCUGCUGCACCAACAGUCUAGCUACUUCUGA